GUCGGAGGGGAAAAUCAGUGGCAAUCCGCGGAAAUCAUCAACAGGACUAUUUUGCUUUACUAAGCUAGCUAUCUAUCUGUCAAGCCAUAUUCUUGCUAGUUAUCAUUACUGCUACAAAACGCCACAGUGGCGAUGUCGGAGUCUUACGAUUUCCUGUUUAAAUUCCUGGUGAUCGGGAAUGCCGGGACAGGCAAAUCAUGUUUGCUGCAUCAGUUUAUAGAGAAGAGAUUUAAGGAUGAAUCCAACCACACCAUUGGAGUGGAGUUCGGCUCAAAAAUCAUCAGUGUGGUCAACAAAAUUGUUAAACUGCAGAUCUGGGACACCGCCGGACAAGAAAGGUUCAGGUCUGUGACCAGAAGUUAUUAUAGAGGAGCCGCAGGAGCGCUGCUGGUGUAUGACAUCACUAGUCGUGAGACCUACAACGCUCUCACCACGUGGCUCAGUGAUGCACGCAUGCUAGCCAGCCAGAACAUCGUCAUCAUACUGUGUGGGAACAAGAAGGAUUUGGAUGCUGACAGAGAGGUGACCUUCCUGGAAGCUUCGCGCUUUGCUCAAGAGAACGAGCUGAUGUUCCUGGAGACCAGCGCUCUGACGGGCGAGAAUGUUGAAGAAGCUUUUGUCCAAUGCGCUCGGAAAAUUCUCAACAAGAUAGAAUCUGGGGAGUUGGAUCCGGAGAGGAUGGGAUCAGGGAUCCAGUACGGCGAUGCGGCAUUGCGCCAGCUUCGUUCCCCUCGUCGCGCUCAGCCACAGGGCGCCCAGGAGUGUGGCUGCUAGUAGGCACACAGUGGCAACAUCAACCAUCACAUGGGACCUAAAACUCUUCUGGUGACUCCUCCCUUACAUUCACAUGGAACCUUUGUUGCCAUGGCUGCACAUGUGAGGAACCUAAGCAGCCUUCCCAGACAGCCACGCCCAUUAGCAGAGCUCCUUCCCAUUGAGGUAAAAGGAAUGGCAUCAAUGUUACUGUGCCACAUUACUUUGCCAGCUCACCUGUAUUUACUCCAUAGCCAUGAUGCCCUCUCCUUGCUGUUUACAUCCCAUCUCCUCUCUUCUUCUACAUCAUCUUCUACACUGUACAUUGCAUCUGUAUAGAGAGUUUGACGCAUGUUUGCUCCAAUGCACUAUCAAAGUAUUUCCAAUAGGAAGAGAUAUCAUUGAGUUAGACGUCAUAUUCACAUGUGCUUCGUUGUCCCAUGUAUUAUCAUUAUUACAAUCAUAUCCAGCUACAGUGUAUACAUAUAAGCAGUGCAGAUGAGCAGUACUGUUGGCUGCCAAUUGUAUAUUUUGUAAAGGGAACACGGAAGAUGUAGAUGAACGGACUAAUGUAAGAAAAACAAUACUUACUGUAUCUAAGUGGUGUAUAAAUUCAGUAUAUUAUAGCAUUCAUCAUACGCAACAUAACUGACACUGUAGCAUGUUUAACAACAACGUUCCUCACUUUUCAGUGUUGCUUGUUUACAUUACUCUUGUGGUAAAAAAACAAAAAACAAAAAAAAAGAAAGAAAAAGCAUUUUAACCGUAAGCAAAAUGUUGUGAAACUGUCUGCGCUUAAGUUUGUUCAUUUUGUUUCCUCUUUUAACAUUCAGCCACUAGCUUAUAAUACGUUCAAGGUUUCAUGAGCAGAGGCUAUUUUAACAUUGUAUUGUUUUUACGUUGCAAAGCACACGUCAAAGAGAGAAGUUGGAAAUUAAGACGACUGUAUUCUAAAAAUGUUGGAUCUGAUGGUGGUUGCCCAAUAUCAUAUUGCUGUCCUGUGUUUGUCAUCGACGUCCUGAAUUUAUACUUUGUGUCACUUUUCUCUCAUUAUGAAUAUCAUGACUUUUUAAGUUAUUGUGUAUGAUAAAGGCAUAUGUUUUUAAAAUAAAAAGAGUAAGAAAUCCACCAUGGA